CCUCUGGACUCCUCCCCUUCCUCGCUUAGACACCUCCUCCUCGUCCUCCUUCUCUGUGCCUGUGAUGAUGGGCAGUGCAGGCCAGCUGUGCUCUGUCAGCUCUGUCACACUCCUCUCCGCACUCCGCGCACAGCGACCCCUCUGCCCCUCUCACCCUGACUGGGGACUGGGGACUAACUAACAGACUGGCUUGGGAUGACUCGGACUCCCAUCCAGAGAGGGUCAACAGGUACCAGCGGAUCAGAGGAGCCAAGCACUGAGGUCAGGACAAACACUUCAUCAAGCAAGACCAACCAAAUCCAUUCUACGUGUGAUUGCAGGAUUGUACAAUGGGGCCUCUGACCUCCAUCUGCAGGCUCCUUCAGACCCAAAUGAGUAGAGAUGCAUGGAGGACUGUGGUGUUGUGAUCACCUCCAGUAUUUCCUGUAAGCGAUGGAGUAUAAGGACCCUUCAGGGCUGACCAAGGAUCUCAACAGCACAGUGUCAAAUGAUUCCCUCCUCCACGAGGUCUCCUUCUCCCUCCUCACUCCCAGCAUGCACCUGGGCCCCCCGCUGCCGCCACCGUCCGCCGGCCCAUGGCGCCUGUGGGCGCUGGUGGGCCUAACGCUGAUGUUAGUGCUGACCAGUGUGGCGCUGCUGGCUAAUGUGGCCGUGCUGGCGGUGGUGGUGCGGGCGGCGCACCUGCGGCAGCGGCUGGUGUUUGUUGGGCACCUGUGCGCCGUGGACCUGCUGUGUGCCACGCUGCUCAUGCCCGCUGGCAUGGUGGGCGCCUCGCCGCUCCUCUCUGGCACCACCAGCGCUCUCCUCGCCUCCUCGUCGGCGCUGCCGUGCCGCCUCUACGCCGGGCUCCACGCCACCCUCGUAGCCGCCUCCAUCUUCACCGUCACCGCCAUCAGUGUGGAGCGCUACUACUACAUCGUCCACCCCAUGCGCUACGAGGCCAAGAUGACGGGCAGGCUGGCGGCGGCCAUCUUGGCUCUGCUGUGGCUGGUUUCGCUCCUGCUGGGCUUCGCCACCAUGCUGGGCUGGCCGGCGGCGUCAGCCGCCCACGCCAAACUGAAGGCCCGCUCGCCGUCCUGCUGCUCGCUGCGCUGGAGCCACGGCGGCGGGCAGUGCUGGGGUUUCGCGCUGCUCUUCGCCAGCGUCUGCUUCUGUGUGCCGGCCGUGGUCAUCCUCGGCGUCUACGGCAGCGUCUACAAGGUGGCCCGCGUGGCCGCGCGCCACCAGCACGGACCGAUGGCCAGCUGGACCGGUAAGCCCGCCGUUGGCGGUCUGCCCAAGUGCCAUUCGAACUCGAUCAACAGCCAGACCACUAUCGCCACGGUGACCAGCCGCUGGCACGGGUGCGCUGGGCCGGGGGCUCCGAGGUGGCGGAGGUCGCCACGCGGGAGCAAGGCGGCCGUGACGCUGGCCGUGAUCGUGGGUCAGUUCCUGCUCUGCUGGCUGCCCUACUUCACCUUCCACCUGCGGCUAUCUCUGGCCCCUCCGCACGGUGUGGCGUCCAAUGGAGCUGAAGCCGUGGCUCCGGUCACCUGGCUGGCCUACUCCUCCUUCGCCGCCAACCCCUUCUUCUACGGCCUCCUCAACAGGCAGAUCCGCGAAGAGCUGGCCAAGCUGCUGUGCUGUUGCCGACGGAAACACGCGGCCGUGCGGCCAGUUAGGACAGAGGUGGCCAUUCCUGAGGGCGUGGCCCAGGACGACUUCCUGCAUUUCCUGCAGAGGAGUAGCUACCUGGAGGGUACGCCCUCCACAUGUAACAGCUCCACCCCCAGGACAAUGCUGGACCAAUCAUGUGUUAGGAUACCUGGACAAAUUCCUGAGGAACUUGCAUGAUGCACUGUGAAGUCACAUUUGACUGUGAAACCUUUCUCAGAGCAAGAAAAAAUCUUGGUAAUUAAUCUAUUAUCAAAUAAAGUGAUUUAUUACCAAAUUAUAUCAGUAAAUUAAUUGAUUUACGUCAUGAAAUUGUGCAUUCAUGUCUUAUGAAGGUUUUUGCAUGACAGAACAUAACUUACAUUUCAUACAAUAACAACAGUGAAUUGAUGACGAUGUCAUAUCAAAGAAUUGUUGUCCAACAUGAUUGAGUAGGCAACACAAAGUUAA